CAAAAUGAAAUAGUUACUUGAUGAAUUUAUUUACAUGCUACUGAUAAACGUUCGUGUAACACGAGAUAGAGCCUUUAAUAACGGUUCUCAGUAUAUUUACUCCGUCCAUAGACACUCGAAUCUAUGAGAGAAAAAAAAAAGAAUGUAAAAAGUGAAUCUGUUGUACAAAGCCUACGAAAACUUUUAAAUAGUUUAGUGAAAGAUAGAAGAUGAUUACUCGUCCUUCACACUGGAUGUAUUGGUAGAACUUUCUGGAAAUUAUUUCGCACAAGAGAACGUUUACAAUAAUGGCUGUUUUUGUGGAAGGUUUUGUUAAUGGCACUGAAGGGAUGGAGGAAGUCGAUCCCGUGGAACAGAACUUAAGGCAAGCUAUUGAGGAGGAAAAAGCAAAAUACAAGGACAGCUUCACCCGCCUUCGGUCCCUCAAGACUGAGAUCGAACACCUUCAGCAUCUGCUAGAGAAAUCCAAAGUCAAGAUGCAGAAAGAUUUUGAGAUCUGGUGGGCAGAACAGGCGGCCUUCACCCAGCCACCUGAUGAAGUGCGAGCAGCGUGGAAAACCCCUCCGAUAUCCCCCGUUCGACCUCCAUCCGCCCCUCGGAGACGUGAUCCAGACCCGGGUGGCUUAUCAAAUCCCCGGGGAGACGAGUCUUCCCGUAGCACCAGACCAGGGAAAUUCGUAUCCAAGCUACGAGCCGAGGCUCAUCUGGCGUCUUCAGGAGUGGUGUCAUCUGUUACCCGUCCGUCUGUUCAUGGUUCCAAUUCAGACAGUGGUUUAAGCAGCUGGUCGACAUCUGCAGCAACAGUAGCAGCUGAUGUAUCGAGUGUGGGAAUCGCCGCAAGAAAUAAAUCGGGUUCCUCUAGUGACGUCAGCACUGGUUCUGGAUCAGUGAAACUGACUGGUGACACCCGAGCUGAUGCCGACAUCUUGGCUUUUAUAAAAGCGAGACAGAAUUUGUUACAGCAGCGAGGUCAUCGAUAACCGCAACUGGUCCUAUUAUCAAGGGAACCAAGAUCAGUAACAGAGGCCGGCCCUCUAUGCCAACCCCACCAUGGACGGGCCGCUCUAUCUGUUCACCAAAGUGAUUGGCACCAAGCUUCAGAUACACGAGGGAAGAGAAAUAUGAAACGUUUCGUUCAACACGUUCUCGGUGCUCAUACCACGGAAAGACUGACUGUUGAGAUAAAUAGAUUGCAAUGGAUAUUUUUCUCUUCGGAGCAAACAUUUCUAUCCUCUGGAAAUACAGAUAACGAAUGCUCUCAAUUGCAAGAAAGUAAAGAACACAUCGUUUUCGUUGGACGCGAAAAAUGUGGCAGAUUUUAAAAAUGUGUUCACUACGCUCCUUUCCAUUCUCAUCCGUUAAGUGAGCUCAAAUAAAUAGCAAAGCGCGAAUGAAAACAGGUUCUUCUUCCUGCUUACUUCCUGUAUUCACUGCGGGUUCACCAAGGAGUUUUUUUCCCUCCUUUACAAAGUGAGUUUCCUUCGUCAUUUUCUCGUGCGUUCAAUACGAGAUUGUCAAUUUUCCUGCGUUUCUCGCGCGUUCCGUCAUUUGUUCACCGUGGGUUCACCGUGGGUUCACCUUGGGGUUAUCAGGGUUGCCACAGGUCAGGAAAUGGCCAGAGAAAAGAAAAAUUCUUCAAGGUCAGGGAAAAGUGGGGGAAUUUUAUUUUGAGUCAGGGAACAUUGAUAAUUUGAAGAAAGUCAGGGAAAAUUGAAUAAUUUGACACGGCUUAUUUAAUAAAGGCUGGAAGAAACAUCUGGGGUCAGUGUGAUGUCAAGGAUAUUUUUCCUUAAUGAAGAAGGAAGAUUUGUUGAAAACUCAUCAGUGUUAAUGAACGAGUAGAAAGGGAGGCUGCAAGUUGAGGCCAGAAGCCUCUACUAGAUCUAACAUUUUGUGUUUAUUUGGUCAGGGAAAUCUUAUUUUUAUCGGGGAAAAGUCAGGGGAUUUUGAAAAGUAUUGCCUGUGGCAACCAUGGGUAUGGUUCCCACCUACAUCCAGGUUUCUUCUGUGCGUAUGUUCGCUCUUACAAACGCCUAUGCGUUGUCCAUGCGUUCCCCUCUGCGUUAAUCUAUCUGAGCCUUUUGCGUUGCCCCAGGGAUUCCCUUCUCAUGCUUCCGCUGUUGGUCCCCCCCUCCUCCCAACGUUUCAUCGUCUAUUGUCUAUUUCUCGUCUAUUGUGCGUUGCAGACUUCAUAUCGUGUACAUUUUUCGUGUUCGCUAUGCCGUUCCCGUGCGUUCCGGUGUUUCAAGUUGUUGUUUUUCCGGUAUAAAUGAUGUGAGUUAUCUCAAACGUUUCGCCAGUUACGAUGGUCUGAGAAUAAGCUAUUUCCGAGUUGCUCCUACCUCUGUUUCAAAACGAGUCUUAGUGCACAGCCUUUCUUUCCCAUAGCUUUUCUUCCACGUUCAUUGUCUUACAAAUCAAACUCAUUUCCAUAUGAAAGGUUGUGCACUAAGACUCGUUUUGAAACAGGGGUAAAAAGCAACUCGAAAACGGCUUGUUAUCAUUACAAAAUUGGUCCUCUAGGAAACAGUCUCCAAACAGACAUACUGCAAUUAAUUUGCCACAUUUUAAUUAGGCCUCAAAUUAAUUGUUUUAUUUCUUUAAUUUACAAAUGGGUAAACGUCUCUUAAUUUACAAAAAAAGCAUACAUACAUACAAAUUUUAAAACGCCUCCAUUCUAGAGCAAGGCCAAAAGAAUCCAGAAAUAAAAUAUCUACAGAAUAGUGACAAUUCCAAUAGCUGUGUCGUACAAAAAAUACAUGUACUAAAACAAUUGAAUAACCUUCGUACUCGACAAAAUGAAUUCAACUUUGUAAUACGGCAAUACAAUUCCGAGACGAGAGAGAACUUAUCAAAUAAUUAAGGGCACUAGCAAUUAAUUUAACUUACAAUAUAAUUUAUAUUUAUAUAUUUAUCUGAUGAUACUAACUUGUAUCACGAUUUAGACAUAUUCGAUGUAUGAAUUUUGAGGUCAGAUUUGUACCGCAACAGACCCAAAUGAGGCGUUGCAGUCAUAACCUUGAUCGUCUCGGUGAAUUUGCACACAUUGCGUUUCUACUUUAUAAACUGGUUCGAGCACGCUGAAAACCUGCUUGACCGGUUAAAUGCGCUGCCAAGUACACCUAAGGAAAUUUAUGUAGACCGUUGACAGAAACGGCAGCGACUCAAUUAAAGCUAAAUAUAUAUGUGGCGAUGUUAUCUUCUUGACUAAGGAACAAAAGAAAAAUCUGCUGCUGGCCAAAAAACCACUAAAAUAACGUCAAAAAUUCCGCCUUCAUGCAAGUUACAGGUAUUUUUUGCCGAAAACAUUACAUCAACCUAGUCCACAAACCCGUUGCCUCGGUUUCAAUGCGAAGUCCUGUGGAAUGUUCACAUCCGGCUUUUAACCAGAUGGCCGUCCAAGCUUCAUGUGGACGCCCACUUGUUAAAGAAAAUUGUCUUAUUUUUCACGUUGCUUACCCUAUAGCACAUUUUUGGACGCCUCCUUUUAAAGAAAAUUGUUUUACUUUUCAAAUGUUGGUUUCCCUAUAGCACAUUUUUGGACGCCCACUUUGCGAACCUUGGCUAAUAACCUGUUUUGUAUGCGUGUAAAACACAUUGUUUUUGCUCCAGGACUCACUUUGAAACGGGCAAAACAGAUCGUUCUUUUCUAAUAUUAACAUACACUGUGGUAAUAAAUCGUUCACCUGAUGGCUAGACUUGGUACUUU